AACAGAAAAACUAUCUAGAAAGAAGAUGAAGCAAAUCAUCUUCUUUUCUGUCUUAGUACUAUCUGCUCAUAUAUUUUUCAUCACUACUAAAGCUCAAUCACCUGCAGCAGCACCUAAACCUCCAGCAAAACCUGCCCCUGCCACACCAGCUCCAGCUGCAGCACCAGCAAAACCAUUAGUCCCUUCAUUACCUCAAUCACCCUCGUCUGAUUCUUCGUCUGGUCAAGACAUUAUCAAAAUCCUAAGGAAAGCUAAAUCAUUCAACACGCUGAUCCGGUUGUUGAAAACCACACAAAUCAUUAACCAAAUCAACGCGCAACUAGUAACAACAAAAUCCGGCGGUUUAACCAUUCUUGCACCUGAUGAUGGUGCUUUUUCGCAGCUCAAAGCUGGAUACUUCAAUUCUCUUGGUGAACGCCAACAGAAAGAACUUAUACAGUUUCAUGUUCUUCCUGUUUAUGUCUCAAGCACAAACUUUGAUUCACUAAGUAACCCUGUGCUCACUCUUGCUAGCGAUAGCCCUUCUGGUUAUCAAAUGAAUGUGACUGCUUAUGGAAACAAUGUGAAUAUUUCAACUGGUUCUGUUAAUGCUACACUCACAGGGAUUGUGUAUUCUGAUAAGACACUUGCUAUAUAUCAUGUUGAUAAGGUGCUUGUUCCUCUGGAUUUCUCUAAACCUAAAGCUCUAGCUCCUGCUCCUACUAUAGCAAAAGCACCUAAGGGUGCUAAGGAUUCAUCUUCAGAUGAUGAUCAGGGUGAGACAACUAAAGCUACUUCUGGUGCUAUCAAUUUGAUUAGCCUUCAUGGAACAAUGUCUGUGUCUCUUUUUAUUGGUUUAGUUGCAGCUAUGACUAUCCCCCGUUGAUGAAGACCAAUCCAUUUGAAGGAUUUAUGUUAUUUCUUUUAUUAUUUUAUUUCUCCUAUGUUCUUUCUUUCUUGUUUUUGUUUUGUAUUGUCCUGGGAAGAGUGUUGUUUGUGUUUGAGAGAUUGUGAAAGUGUAAGGCACUCUUGCCUGAUUUUUUUAGUAAAAACAAAAACAGAUUGUUAUGAAA